GCAGCAGAAGAAGAGUGGAGUCCGAGCGGCAGCAGCGUCUCUUCCCUCUUCCCCGGAUCCUCUCAAAACUCCCCCCGAACCUCUCCCCUCCACCCUCGUUACCCCACCCACCCCCUGAACACUCUUCAAGGGACGGUCCAGACUUUUACCCAGCAAAGCCAAACCUCACUUCGGUGACCGUUCAGUCUGGAGCUGGCAGCAGAAAUGGAUUCGAGUCUGGUUGAAGGAGGACUUAAUGUCACCUUAACCAUCAGGCUCCUCAUGCACGGGAAGGAGGUUGGGAGCAUCAUUGGAAAGAAAGGGGAGUCUGUGAAGAAGAUGAGAGAGGAGAGUGGUGCUCGAAUCAACAUCUCGGAGGGAAACUGUCCGGAGAGGAUCAUAACCCUUGCCGGACCAACAACCUCCAUUUUUAAAGCCUUUUCCAUGAUCAUUGAAAAACUGGAGGAGGACAUCAGCACGUCAAUGACUAACAGUACGGCCACCAGCAAACCGCCAGUCACCAUGCGCCUCGUCGUGCCUGCCAGCCAGUGUGGCUCUCUCAUAGGCAAGGGUGGCUGCAAGAUCAAAGAAAUCCGCGAGUCAGCAGGAGCUCAGGUACAAGUAGCAGGGGACAUGCUGCCCAACUCAACAGAGCGUGCCAUCACCGUUGCAGGGACCCCCCAGUCCAUUAUCGAGUGUGUCAAGCAGAUCUGCAUUGUCAUGCUUGAGUCUCCACCUAAAGGAGUGACCAUCCCUUACAGACCCAAACCCUCAGGCUCUCCCGUCAUCUUUGCAGGUGGUCAGGCCUACGCUGUCCAAGGGCAGCAUGCCAUUCCACAGCCUGAUGUAAGUGAAGGGCCCUCUCUCACCAAACUUCACCAGCUGGCCAUGCAGCAGAGCCCCUUUCCUAUUGCACACAGCAACCAGGGCUUCCAGGCUGGGAUGGAUGCCUCUGCACAAACUGGCUCUCAUGAGCUGACCAUUCCAAAUGAUCUCAUUGGUUGCAUCAUCGGUCGUCAGGGUGCAAAGAUCAAUGAGAUCCGUCAGAUGUCAGGGGCUCAGAUCAAAAUUGCCAACCCGGUGGAAGGCUCGACUGACAGACAGGUCACCAUCACUGGCUCCCACGCCAGCAUCAGCCUGGCUGAGUACCUGAUUAAUGCCCGGCUGUCUUCUGAAGCUACUGGACUCGCAGCCAACUGACAUGGAGCAUCUUCAUCAGCACCUAAUAUAACCCCCACCCCUACUUUUUACCGAGAGGUCCCUUAAUGCAAAAACCAAGUACUAUAAACUCACUGUUUUUCCCCUGCUUUGGUUAGACACCUACUCAGUUGUAAUUACAGCAUCAACAUGAUAUUGGUAUUUUAUUUAUUUAUUAUGUUUUUAAAUUCCCUUUGCAUAUAGUUUUGAAAGACUUUUGUCGGUUGUAUUUUUUUUUUCUUAUUAUUUUGCUGUAUAUCUGUAUGAUCCUCUUGAUAUAAUGUAGGUAAAACGUUUUGGAAAAAUCUGGAAAGGCAUAAAUGUUUUCUUAUGUCAGAUUUUUCUUAGAAAAUGUAAAAAUGAAGAAAAAAAACUCAAUAUUAUAGAUGGACUGUUCUUUCCCUUCUUUUUAAAUAUCUAUUUAUUUUUAUUUAAUACACAGUUCCUUGUACAAUUAGAAUUAAUUGAUAUUUGCCUUUUACUAUUUGAAGCUGUACUUCCUGAAAGAGGCAUUGUGGUUAACAAGUUUUAGUGGGUGUGGAGAUAUAUGCAGGGAAAAACUUUGAAUUCAGAAGGUAACUUGUGUCUUGUUUAGUGCGGGUUCAAAGGAAGAUUUUUAAGCUAAAUCAUGUCUCACCUCUAACUUGCUGGGUAAUUAUUUUGUCAUUCCUGUGUUUUCCAUCUGUUUCAUCGUCGAUCAGGACUUUUGAGCAUUGUGUAUUGGAUUCUGAUGGGUGGGCGGGCUUUGGUCACCGGUGGGGGCCUGAAUGAGGAGAAAAUAUUUUCUUUUCUCAGAAAUUACUAAGAACAUAGUGAUGAUAACAUUGAAAUGUUUGUUUUAAAUAGAGAAAAUAUUUUUUUUAACUGCAGGGCUGGGGAAUGCUGCAAGGGGCAAAAUUACAAGACAUAUUUGUCCUUAUAAGUAUAUUAUGCUGAGGUAUUAAAUUAUGAUUAACUAGAAGGAGAAAAUAGAGAAUUAACACUAGUUUCCUGCUACCUUUUUCCUUUUUGCCUGGGUCAGAUUUUAUUUUUCUUAUUCUUUGCAGGAUGAAGAGAUGUUUUUGUGCACGUUUUCAAACUAUUGUAGAUCUGGGUGCAACUAAAUUGUUGAAGAAAUGAAAUGCAGAAAUAAAAAAUGUGAAAUGCUUAAAA